CAAGCUUAUGGAAGCGACACAACCGUCCAUAGAGUAAACAAAAGGAUUUACCGAGCUUAAACAUCUCUCUAAGACUCCAAAAUGAAGACUCUGGGAAAAGUAUGGAUUUUCAUCACCCUAUAUGCUUUUGCUGCUGGUGAAAGUGAUGUAGACUUUAUUGAUACGGAUGGUGUCAAUGAUCCAGAAGCAGCCUUGAAGUGUGAUGCCUGUAAGGCUGUGAUAUAUAAGUUUGAAGAGAGUUUUUCUAAAGCACAAGGUGACAUGAGCAGGGCUAUAUCUCUUAAGGAUGAAGAGAUUAUUGAGGCUGCGGAAGGAACGUGUGAUGAUCUGUGGCAAGGGUAUGGGAGCAUUAAAGUGAAUGAUGAAGAGCGACUGGCAGGUCCUGGUACGAAUUAUGAUGUUCAUCAAGAUGAAGCAGAGGAGGAUGAGGGCCUUUGGUCAAGAAGACUCCAGGAUUUAUGUGAUGAGUUGUUAGCUGAAGUUUCAGAUGAAAAAGUGCUGUAUAAACUCUGGGCAAGUGAAAAUUCUCUUGAAGAUUAUUUGUGCAAAGGUGAAGGAUUGUUUGGAGCUUGUUCAUCAGAUUUCUGGGGAUCCUGGCCAGGUGAAGACUACGAAGACUACGACGAUGGUGAUGACUUUGAAUACACACAUGAUGAGUUUUGAUCUUCUUAAGUUUUUGUGUGAAUUAGCAAUAGGGAGAUUGAACUGUAUUUAGGCAUUUCAUAUGUAGAAUUUUUAUAGUAGCAAAUCAUAAACUAUUUUCUGAGUGAGUUUUAUGAUAGGUAUCAUCAUAGUGAUUUUCUGGUCAUGAUUUUUAGUGUAUUUGCCGAUUCUUUCAUUUUGAGAUUAAAGCCUGUGUGUCACAGGAUUUUAGUGGACCAAAAAGAAAUUUUCUUUCUUUAUGUUUCUCAUUACAAGAAACAAGAAAGCCAGGUUGCAAAGUCUUUUCAUUUAUAGUUUUCAUUGACAUGUUAUGGCAGGAAGACCUUAAAAAACUUUAACAGCUUGCAGAAUAUCCUGUUUAUUUCUACAUAAUUUGUAAUGAAGUAACACAGAUAGAUUAGGAGCCUAUUUGGGUCCCAAUAGCUAUACAAAGAUGCUACUUGAAUAUUUUUUGCAACAUGUUUGAGGUUGCUCAACUCAAAAUAUUUUUUAUAUUUUAGGCAAGAAGUAGGAUAUAUUUCAGUGAACAUUAUCAGCAGAAGGGUACAUGUAUAGUUCUUGGAUCUAUAUGAGUAUUUUAUAAUUAUAUUUUUCAGUUCAUGAAUAAGUCAAUAAGGAUCAUGUUUAGGACUUUAUCCCUUAAAAAAUAUUGAUUACUCUGUGUUCACUGAUAGUUUAGGCUGUACCUCUAGAACAAAUAGAAAAUUUGUAAUAUAUGAGUUAUAUUUGGAAAUAUAAAGGGUUCUAGGUGUGGUCAUUUUAAGCAUUGUUUUUUAUUUAUAUAAUUUUUAUGUCAUAGCUGUGCUUCCUGCUGUAGAUUGAACCUGCACUUCGAGUUUGUCAGCUUCAUUACCAGUCAUAGUCAUAAAUAUGUUUAACAUAUUACAGAGUGUAUAUUGCAUUCCAGGAUAACACAUAUAUAGUAUAGGGACCAAAAACAAUAAUAGAUGUCAACAAAAAUUAAAACGGUGAAGCACAGUUUUAUUUAUUUCAGCUAGAAUGGCACAAAUACUGAUUAGUAGUUAAAAAGGAACAAUCUUGUACCAGUUAAAGUUUUCAACUUGAAAACCAAUAUAGAAUAUAUACUGAAUUGUAAAAUGGUAUUAAUUUUGCCGGAUAUAUCAUUUACAUUUGUAUUAAACCUAUUUAUUAAUUUUUCUGUUCACAAAACAUUAUUUUAUUGUCUAUUGUAAAUCUAAAUCACUAACUAAGCUACCAGUAGAUGAAAUUUGUAAGGAAUAAUUACCAAAGCUUUUAUGAGUCAAGUGUAGUAGGAUAUGAUUGAACACAUCAUCUUCAAGUGCUUUGUUAAUGGCACUCCUAGAGAUGAUGGGAACUUUCAGUCAGUAUAAAUCUCUUUUAUAUUAUAAUUGUUUACAUAACUAACAAGUCUAACCAUGCAAGGAGGUUUGUAUGGAAUACCAAAGUGAUUUUUCAAGAGUUUGGGUGAUGUAUAGUAGGUGGGGUUAUCAUUGGGUUUUUUUAUUGGCAGAUAUGCAUACUUACUACCAGGUUUCAAGUGACAUAGUUUAUAGACCUUGGUUAAUUUUGAAUCAAAUAAUUCUCAGUCAGUUAGUUUUAUUUUAGAGGUUGAAUUUGGGAGAGUUGUUGCAAUCAGCAUUUAUCAAUAUGUAUAUUGAUUUCACAACAUUCUGUGGCUAUUCUCUUGUGGAAUAGAAAAAGGCAAAUUAACUAAAAAAAACAGAUUUUGAUCAUUCUUGUAAGGAUUUAAGUUUAUAAUUUUUGAUUGAACAUGUUUUUAGGUAAUGACUUGAAAUGAGGAUAUUUUAAAACAUGUAUAGUUCGAAAAUCCGUUUUGUUUUGUUUGGAAAAAUUUGGUUGCACAAAUACUUGUUGCUGCAAGUUAAAGGUAGCUUUAUGGUAUCACCUUUUUUGUAAAGCAGUUGUAAGUGCUUGCAAUUAAUUCCUCAUAAUAAAAAAAAAAACAUGCAUUGUUUGAAAAUGAGACAUAAUUAUAACAUGAGUUUGAAAUGAGACAUAAUUAUAACAAUAGGGGAAACACUAAUCCAUGUUGUUUGGAAACAGAUUAGAUACUUUUUCUAAAGAGUUAAACCAAAAUGAAUUCACAGUUUUGUGUGCAUUGUUGAUUCCAAAUAUCACUGGUUAGUGUUUCUUUCAUUGUUUUGGAUAUUUCAUUAAUUUUUUGUGUAUUCUUUAAUUUUUUUAAGGCUCACUAUCACAUGUUUAACAUGUUUCAGUAAAUUUUCACUCAUUUUUAUAAAAAUAUAUCUUGUUUAAAUUACCUAUUUUUUGGCAUAUAGGACACAUCUUUGUUUAUAAUGCAUCUUAAUUGCAAACCUAUUUCAGGAGAAUAAUAUUUUCUGCAGUUUACCUAUGUGUAGUUUAUAACAGGCACCAGUAUACUAUAACAAUAUACAGUAUCCUAUGUACUUAAGGGAGCAUCUGCUAUGCUAUGUGGUGGCAGCAAUUUUCAUACAGUAGUUCAUCUUCGUGUAUUUUUGCUCCUUGUAUUUGAAAUUUGCAGCAUGCUCAAUGCAGAUGAACAGACUUGUAUAUUUUUAUUAUGUUCUUUAUGGGUAUGACCCUACUAUUUUUUGUACAAUGUCAAAUAUAGAUGAAAGAAGGGUCCCUCUAAAGGACACUCAUUCUGCAGUUGUUCUAAUAAAUUAUUUUUUAGAACCUAUGAAAUAAAGAAAAUAGGCCCCAGAUAUCACAUGUUAAUCUCACUAUAUCCCACUUUUUGUAAUACAAUUUGUGGCAUGCCUAGGAUGGCCCAAAAAUUAAUCGGUGGUGCAUAGUAUGCAGAAAGUUUUUUGUAAAUCUUACAUAUAUGCCAAAAAAUAGAGUAGCAUGUCAAUAUAUUAAACAGUUGUUCAUUUUCAAAACUGUUUUGCAACCCAAGUGUGUUUAGAAGCAUAGAAUGCCUUCUCUUACCAUCUAGAUCUAAGACUUUUGAUAUUAUGAAGGUCCACUUUAAAUGUCAUGGAAUACAAUUGCUGUCAUUUCAUUUGCAGUACCAGAGCAAAAUGUUUCAUAUUGUAUUGUAUGAGUGUGUAGUACAUUAUUGUUGUAUGUUUUAUAAAUGGUCAGUAUUGUUAUAUAGUAUUUUUGAUAUUUGAUUUUUAAAGUUAUUUUUCUUACAUAGUCAUAUAUGUCACACCCAACUCAAAUCUUUUGAUUAAGAUUAAUAAAGUCAGUUAAUUUGACAAAAUUAACCUCAAGUUUUGAUAUUGUGUUCCAUACAAAUAUAGAAACUGUUAGAAGCCCAAACUAAAGCAUUUCCUAUGUUUAAAAAAAUAAUGUGUUGUAAUGCAUAAUUAGUAAAUUAAUAUAUAUUU